CAGCCUGGGUGACAGAGCUAGAUGCUUUUUCUAAAAAUAAUAAUAAUAAUAAUAAUAAUAAUAGGAUAAUAUUAGCAAUUUCAUGUGGUUCAACUUAAUGUUUUGGGAUAAGGAUUCAACAAAGUGUCAGGGGGACUUUAGGGCCUCAUAAACUCCCAUUAUAUGCAAAAGCCUGGCUCAGCCCUCACAGUACUAGGAGAGAAAAGGCUCCACAGUUCCCUUGAGGCAACUUGGAUCUACAUUGUUGUAGGUAGAGUUGUUGGCAGAAAUCCUGGGAUAAGAGAACAGUUUCCUGGAAGGUCUGUGCCUCCAACCAGCAGAAAGGGAUUGAGCUUCAUUGAACUCAACAGAGCCAGCAUUUCACAGCAUCAUGUUCAAGAGAAGGUUGAAGUGGCAUGGCAAUGGUUAGAGACCCUACUGGGCGUGAACAGUCUCUGGCUACCUAGGGAUCUGUGGGCUUACUGCAUUGUGCCCUCAUGGAGACACGAAACUCUGGGUUGAACAACAUGAAGCCCCCAUCACUGCGGCUAAUGCUGGAAGAGCAGGUGCUGGCACUACAGCAGCAGAUGGCGGAGAAUCAGGCAGCCUCUUGGCGGAAGCUGAAGAACUCCCAGGAGGCCCAGCAGAGACAAGCAACUCUUGUGAGGAAGCUGCAGGCCAAGGUGCUGCAGUACCGGAGCUGGUGCCAAGAGCUGGAGAAGCAGCUGGAAGCCACUGGAGGACCAAUCCCCCAGAGGUGGGAAAAUGUGGAGGAGCCAAACCUGGAUGAGCUGCUGGUUCGAUUGGAGGAGGAGCAACAGAGGUGUGAGAGUCUAGCAGAGGUGAACACCCAGCUUCGACUGCACAUGGAAAAAGCUGACGUGGUGAAUAAAGCCCUUAGGGAAGAUGUGGAAAAAUUGACAGUGGACUGGAGCCGGGCCCAGGAUGAGCUAAUGAGGAAGGAGAGCCAGUGGCGGAUGGAGCAGGAGUUCUUCAAGGGCUACCUGAAAGGGGAGCAUGGUCGCCUUCUCAAUCUAUGGCGGGAGGUGGUGACCUUCCGACGCCAUUUCCUGGAAAUGAAGUCAGCUACUGACAGAGAUCUGACAGAGCUAAAGGCUGAGCACGUGAGGCUUUCAGGGUCCCUGUUGACCUGUUGUCUACGCUUGACUGUGGGAGCACAGUCUCGGGGACCUGACGGAUCUGGGAGAAUGGAUGGGCGGGAACCAGCCCAGCUGCUGCUGCUACUAGCCAAGACCCAGGAGCUGGAGAAGGAAGCCCAUGAGAGGAGCCAGGAGUUAAUACAGCUGAAGAGUCGAGGGGAUCUGGAGAAGGCUGAACUGCAGGACCGGGUGACUGAGCUCUCUGUUCUGCUGACCCAGUCUCAGAAGCAAAAUGAAGAUUAUGAAAAGAUGGUAAAGGCUCUGAGAGAGACACUGGAGAUCCUGGAGACAAAUCACACAGAGUUAAUGGAACAUGAAGCAUCUCUCAGUAGGAAUGCCCAAGAGGAGAAGUUGUCUUUACAGCAGGUGAUCAAGGAUAUAACCCAGGUCAUGGUGGAAGAAGGGGACAAUAUAGCCCAAGGCUCUGGUCAUGAGAGCUCUUUGGAAUUGGACUCUAGUAUCUUGUCCCAGUUUGAUUACCAGGAUCCAGACAAGGCCCUUACUCUGGUGCGUUCAGUGCUGACUCAGAGACGCCAGGCUGUGCAGGACCUAACGCAGCAGCUUGCAGGCUGCCAAGAGGCUGUGAGCUUGUUGCAACAGCAGCAUGAUCAGUGGGAGGAAGAAGGCAAAGCCUUGAGACAGAGGCUGCAGAAGCUCACUGGGGAGCGGGACACUCUAGCAGGGCAGACUGUGGACCUCCAGGGAGAGGUGGACUCUCUUAGCAAGGAGCGAGAGCUGCUGCAGAAGGCCAGGGAAGAGCUGCGGCAGCAGCUGGAGGUGCUAGAGCAGGAGGCAUGGCGCCUGCGAAGGGCAAAUGUGGAGCUUCAGCUGCAGGGGGACUCUGCCCAGGGCCAGAAGGAGGAGCAGCAGGAGGAGCUGCACCUGGCUGUGCGGGAGAGGGAGCGUCUUCAGGAGACGCUGGUGGGCCUGGAAGCCAAACAGUCAGAAUCACUCAGUGAACUGAUCACUCUUCGGGAAGCGCUGGAGUCAAGUCGCCUGGAAGGGGAGUUACUGAGGCAAGAGCAAACGGAAGUGACCGCAGCGCUGGCUAGGGCAGAGCAGUCAAUUGCAGAGCUGUCGAGUUCUGAAAACAUCCUGAAGGCAGAGGUAGCUGAUCUUCGGGCUGCAGCUCUCAAGCUCAGUGCCUUAAAUGAGGCUUUGGCCUUAGAUAAAGUUGGGCUGAACCAGCAGCUUCUCCAGGUGAGUAAAGAUUUUCCUGUGGCCCCAGGGGGAAUCCUGCCUCUGCUCUGCGUCUCACCACAUUUUUCCCCUCAGUCACGUCACCAGCAGGAGGCAGCCAUGGCUCAGCUGGAGCAGCUGCAUCAGGAGGCAAAACGACAGGAAGAAGUGCUUGCCAGGGCAGUCCAGGAGAAGGAGGCCCUAGUACGCGAGAAGGCAGCUCUAGAGGUGCGGCUCCAGGCCGUGGAGCGCGACCGGCAGGACCUCACUGAUCAACUACAGGGGCUCAGCUCAGCCAAAGAGCUACUGGAGAGCAGUCUGUUUGAAGCCCAACAACAAAAUUCUGUGAUAGAGGUCACCAAGGGGCAGCUGGAGGUCCAGAUUCAAACUGUCACUCAAGCCAAGGAAGUAAUACAAGGGGAAGUGAGGUGCCUGAAGCUAGAACUGGACACUGAACGGAGCCGGGCAGAGCAGGAGCGGGAUGCUGCAGCCAGACAGCUGGCCUGGGCUGAGCAAGAGGGGAAGACUGCCCUGGAGCAGCAGAUGGCAGCCCAUGAGGAAGAGGUGAACCGGCUUCGGGAGAAAUGGGAGAAGGAGCGUUCCUGGCACCAGCAGGAGCAGGCAAAGGCCCUGGAGAGCUUCGAGAGGGAAAAAAUGGAGCUGGAAAUGAGGCUGAAGGAGCAGCAGACAGAAAUGGAGGCCAUCCGGGCCCAGAGGGAAGAAGAACGGACACAGGCAGAGAGUGCCCUAUGCCAGAUGCAGCUGGAAACAGAGAAGGAGAGAAUGUCCCUUCUGGAGACACUGCUGCAGACCCAGAAGGAGCUGGCAGAUGCCAGCCAACAACUGGAACGGCUGAGGCAGGACAUGAAGGUCCAGAAGUUAAAGGAGCAGGAGACCACUGGCAUGUUACAGACCCAGCUCCAGGAGGUUCAGCGGGAGCUGAAGGAGGCAGCCCAGCAGCACAGAGAUGAUCUUGCUGCCCUCCAAGAAGAGAGCAGCUCCCUGCUGCAGGAUAAAAUGGACCUGCAGAAACAGGUGGAGGACUUAAAGUCUCAGCUGGUGGUCCAGGAUGACUCCCAGAGGCUGGUGAAGCAGGACGUUCAGGAGAAGCUCAGAGAGACCCAGGAGUAUAACCGAAUUCAGAAGGAGCUGGAGAGAGAGAAAGCCAGCCUGACUCUGUCGCUGAUGGAAAAGGAACAGAGACUCCUUGUUUUACAAGAAGCUGACUCUAUUCGACAACAGGAGCUGAGCGCUCUGCGCCAGGACAUGCAGGAGGCCCAGGGAGGACAGAGAGAGCUCAAUGCCCAGAUGGAAUUACUGAGGCAAGAGGUGAAGGAAAAGGAGGCUGACUUUCUGGCCCAGGAAGCACAGCUGCUGGAGGAGCUGGAGGCGUCUCGUAUCACGGAGCAGCAGCUACGAGCUUCCCUGUGGGCCCAGGAAGCCAAGGCAGCCCAACUACAGCUGCGACUGCGCAGCACAGAAAGCCAGCUGGAGGCACUGGCCGCAGAGCAGCAGCCUGGGAACCAGGCCCAGGCCCAGCUGGCCAGCCUCUACUCUGUCCUGCAGCAGGCCCUGGGGUCUGUUUGUGAGAGCAGGCCUGAGCUGAGUGGUGGGGGAGACUCUGCUCCCUCCCUCUGGGGCCUUGAGCCAGACCAGAAUGGAGCUAGAAGCCUCUUUAAGAGAGGUUCCCUGCUGACUGCCCUCUCCGCUGAGGCAGUAGCAUCUGCCCUCCAUAAGCUUCAUCAAGAUCUGUGGAAGACUCAACAGACUCGGGAUGAUCUGAGGGAUCAGGUCCGGAAACUGGAAGAACGUCUAACUGAUACUGAGGCUGAGAAGAGCCAGGUCCACACAGAGUUGCAGGAUUUGCAAAGACAGCUUUCCCAGAAUCAGGAAGAGAAAUCCAAGUGGGAAGGAAAGCAGAACUCCCUAGAAUCUGAACUGAUGGAACUGCAUGAAACUAUGGCAUCCUUACAGAGUCGCCUGCGGAGAGCAGAGCUACAAAGACUGGAGGCCCAGGGUGAGCGAGAGUUACUUCAGGCAGCCAAGGAGAACCUGACAGCCCAGGUGGAACACCUGCAAGCAGCUAUUGCAGAAGCCAGGGCUCAGGCAAGUGCUGCUGGCGUCCUGGAAGAAGACCUGAGAAUGGCUCGCUCAGCACUGAAGCUGAAAAAUGAGGAGGUGGAGAGUGAGCGUGAGAGAGCCCAGGCUCUGCAAGAGCAGAGUGAGCUGAAGCUGGCCCAAGGAAAAGCUCUGCAAGAGAAUUUGGCUCUCCUGACCCAGACCCUAGCUGAAAGAGAAGGGGAGGUAGAAACUCUGCGGGGACAAAUCCACGAACUGGAGAAGCAACGGGAAAUGCAGAAGGCUGCUUUGGAAUUGCUGUCUCUGGACCUGAAGAAGAGGAACCAAGAGGUAGAUCUGCAGCAAGAACAGAUUCAGGAGCUGGAGAAGUGUAGGUCUGUUUUAGAGCAUCUGCCCAUGGCCGUCCAGGAGCGAGAGCAGAAGCUGACUGUGCAGAGGGAGCAGAUCAGAGAGCUUGAGAAGGAUCGGGAGACUCAGAGAAAUGUCUUAGAGCAUCAGCUUCUAGAACUUGAGAAGAAGGACGAAAUGAUUGAAUCCCAGAGAGGACAGGUUCAGGAUCUGAAAAAGCAGUUGGUUACUCUGGAAUGCCUGGCCCUGGAACUGGAGGAAAACCAUCACAAGAUGGAGUGCCAACAAAAACUGAUUGAGGAGCUGGAGGGCCAGAGGGAAACGCAGAGAGUGGCUUUGACCCACCUUACGCUGGACCUGGAAGAAAGGAGCCAGGAGCUGCAGGUACAAAGCAGCCAGAUCCAUGACCUGGAGAGCCACAGCACCCUUCUGGCAAGAGAGUUGCAGGAGAGGGACCAAGAGGUAAAGUCUCAGCAAGAACAGAUCGAGGAGCUGCAGAGACAGAAAAAGCAUCUGACUCAGGAUCUCGAGAGGAGAGACCAGGAGCUGAUGCUGCAGAAGGAGAGAAUUCAGGUUCUCGAGGAUCAAAGGACACGGCAGACCAAGAUCCUGGAGGAGGACCUGGAACAGAUCAAGCUGUCCUUGAGAGAGCGAGGCCGAGAGCUGGCCUCUCAGAGGCAGGUGAUGCAGGAACGGGCAGAGGAAGGGAAGGGCCCGAGUAAAGCACAGCGUGGGAGCCUAGAGCACAUGAAGCUAAUCCUGCGUGAUAAGGAGAAGGAAGUAGAGUGCCAGCAGGAGCAUAUCCAUGAACUUCAGGAGCUCAAGGACCAGCUAGAGCAGCAGCUCCAGGGCCUGCACAGGAAGGUGGGUGAGACCAGCCUCCUCCUGUCCCAGCGAGAGCAGGAGAUAGUGGUCCUGCAGCAGCACCUGCAGGAAGCCAGAGAACAAGGGGAGCUGAAGGAGCAGUCACUUCAGAGUCAACUGGAUGAGGCCCAGAGAGCUGUAGCCCAGAGGGACCAGGAACUGGAGGCUCUGCAGCAAGAACAGCAGCAGGCCCAGGGGCAGGAGGAGAGUGUGAAGGAAAAGGCAGACGCCCUUCAGGGAGCUCUGGAGCAGGCUCAGAUGACACUGAAGGAGCGUCAGGAAGAGCUUCUGGACUACAAGGAACAGGCACAAAGGCUUGAGGAAGACCUGGCAGUGGAGGGACGGCGGGUCCAGGCCCUGGAGGAGGUGCUGGGAGACCUAAGGGCUGAGUCUCGGGAGCAGGAGAAAGCUCUGUUGGCUCUCCAGCAGCAGUGUGCUGAGCAGGCACAGGAGCAUGAGGUGGAGAUCAGGGCCCUACAGGACAACUGGCUACAGGCCCAGGCAGUGAUCAAGGAACGGGACCAGGAGCUGGAGGCUCUGCGGGCAGAAAGUCAGUCCUCCCGGCAUCAGGAGGAGGCUGCCCGGGGUCGGGCUGAGGCUCUGCAGGAGGCUCUUGUCAAGGCUCAUGCUGCCCUGCAGGGGAAAGAGCAGCAUCUGCUUGAACAGGCAGAACUGAGCCGCAGUCUGGAGGCCAGCACUGCCACCCUGCAAGCUGCCCUGGACACCUGCCAGGCACAUGCUCGGCAGCUGGAGGAGGCCUUGAGGACACGAGAAGGUGAGAUCCAGGACCAGGAUCUCCGAUACCAGGAGGACGUGCAGCAGCUGCAGCAGGCACUUGCCCAGAGGGAUGAAGAGUUAAGACAUCAGCAGGAACAGGGGCAGCUGCUGGAGAAGUCUCUGGCCCAGAGGGUCCAAGAGAAUAUGAUUCAAGAGAAGCAGAAUCUGGGGCAGGAGAGAGAAGAGGAGGAGAUAAGGGGCCUUCGUCAGAGUCUAAGGGAGCUACAGCUGACUCUAGUGCAAAAGGAACAGGAGAUCCUGGAGCUGAGGGAGGCCCAGCAAAGGAACAACCUGGAAGCCUUACCCUACAGCCACAAAGCCUCCCUAGUGGAGGAACAACCUUCAAAAUGUUAUUCUUUAGAGCCCAGGCUGCAGCGGGAGCUGGAGCGGCUACAGGCAGCCCUGAGACAGACAGAAGCCAGGGAGAUUGAGUGGAGGGAGAAGGCCCAGGACUUGGCACUGUCCCUAGUGCAGAGCAAGGCCAGCGUCAGCAGUCUGCAGGAGGUAGCCAUGUUCCUACAAGCCUCUGUCCUGGAGCGAGAUUCAGAACAGCAGAGGCUGCAGGACGAGCUGGAGCUCACCAGACAGGCUCUGGAGAAGGAGCGGCUACACAGCCCAGGUGCAACUAGCAGAGCAGAACAGGAGUCCGGAGGGGAGCAGGGCAUGCAGCUGGGAGAGGUCUCAGGAGUAGAGGCUGAGCCUAGUCCUGCUGGAAUAGAGGAGAAGCAGCCAUGGAAACAAAGGCUUGAACACCUGCGGCAAGUGGUGGCACGGCUGGAGAUUGACAGGAGCAGGCUACAGCACCACAAUGUCCAGCUGCGGAGCGCCUUGGAGCAGGUGGAACGAGAACGGAAGAAGCUGAAGAAGGAGGCCAUGCGUGCGGCCCAGGCAGGGUCCAUGGAGAUCAGCAAGGCCACGGCUUCUCCACCCACACAGCAGGAUGGAAGAAGAGGACAGAAGAACUCAGAUGCCAAGUAUGUGGCCGAACUGCAGAAAGAGGUGGCCCUGCUGCGAGCUCGGCUGACUCUGGAGCGGAAGCAGAAGCAGGAAUACAUCGCCCGCUCAGUACAGACCAGCCGUGAGCUAGCAGGCCUGCACCACAGCCUCUCACACUCACUUCUCGCCGUGGCCCAGGCCCCUGAGGCCACUGUCCUGGAGGCAGAGACCCGCAGGCUGGAUGAGUCCCUGACUCAAAGUCUUACAUCCCCAGGGCCAGUCCUGCUACACCCCAGCCCCAGCACUACCCAAGCCACCUCCAGGUAGCAGCCGCAGCCAGGACCACACAGACAAAAGACUGUACCGUGGUUACAGCCCCUCUGCACACCUACAGGUUUGCCAAAGGAAAAGCUGGCUCUGUUAGGCACCUAGGAGCCCCAGGUCAGCUGGUGUUCCCAGAAAGAAGGAAACCUGCAACACUGUGAGGGUCCCACCUCACCUGGGAAUGAGGCAAAUUGCAUUUGCUUGCUACGUACAGAAUCACCCAGAGGAGUGCCUUGCCCUAGCUGAGGGACACCUACUGCCUCUCGUCUAGAAUUUAUUUUCCUAGCACUUCACCACCUCCUUCAACUUCCCCCUCAGUAAUAAACCCUGGGGUCUUUGCAUUCAU